GUGCCAGAACCUUCUCGACUGCGAAUAUAAAAUUAAAUGAGAGAAAAGUGUGCAAGUGUUUGAAAAUAUUUGAAAAAUCUCAUUGCUCCGGGAAGGGAAUAUACAUAUAUCUGAGAAAGUUGGAAAUAAAAGUGCUGGAAAAGAUGUCGGGAGUUUUGUUGCUGCUUUUGGCCUUUUUGAUGGCCUUCAUUUCGAAUGGCGCCGCGAUCAAGUGCUUUGUCUGCGACUCUAGCGAUAAUCCCAGCUGCGCCGAUCUGGGCUCCAAUUCCACCAUAAUGGCAGAGGAAUGCACUUUGGACAAAAUAAAAUCACUGGACACUUGGCUUUUCGACCUCAACAAGUUUUCCUAUUUUGAUAAUGGAGCCAACAAGUUUCCGCUGAUGAAUUGCCAAAAGGUGGUGGCCAAAGAUCCUGAAACCCGCAAGGUGGUAACCGCUCGCUUCUGCCAGCUGGACACCGGCGAUUCGGAUGCCUGUGAAAUCCUGCGGACCAAGCUGCGUAUCCCCAACACCGAGGAGCGGGAUCAGCGGCAGCAGCGUCGCAAGAAUCAGGGCCAUGGCGGACAUGGUCAGGAUGCGGGGGACAGCGAAGAACCCUCGGCCGAGGAGGCCUUCUUCUGUGACAUCUGCAAGACGGAUAACUGCAAUGGUGCGGCGGCCAUAACGCUAGCGUUGGGCUCCAUUCUGGCCAUGAUUGUGCUCCACUGGGGCUGCUAAGGAGGAGGAGGAGCAGGUUGGACGUCCUUGCGCGUUGGUUGCAUUUAGGUUGAGUUACCCUUAGCGUUACCCAGUUUACUUUGUAAAUAUUUGAGUGCCAUUGAGUCACUCAUCCACCACCCAAAAACCCAAUCCUGGUAACCCCUUAACCCCCCCUGAAAAUCCUGAAACCUUUGACCCUAGAAAUGUAAGCAAACAGACUCGCUUUGAUUCAAAACAAAUACGAAACUUGCAGAGAUACAAAAAAAAUAUAAAGAGAUGCUUUUCGGGUUCAUGUCUAAAGUCAAGAUAGAGUACUAUAUAUAUCCCCUAAAAAAAUAUAUAUAUAUAUCAAGGAUCGAGGCGUAGCUUUAUUGUAUAAUUUAUUGAGCAAUAUUUGUGGCCAUUAAUUGUUAGGAGCGAUGGAGGUAUGAGAAUUCACCAAUUGCCUUUUAUUUUCAGCAAAUAUGAGUGUAUUUUUAGGUAAUUUUAAAUGAGCAUUAAAUUCAUUUUUGUGUUUAAAAAUUAACUGAUGAAGCCACAAGCAAAAACAAUCAACUUAAAGCAAAAAAUAAUGCGAAUUUAAACAUAAAACAGCAAUAAAUGUUAAAGUAAAUGUGCAAUUAGAAACAGAAAAGAAAAGCAAUGGAAGAAAUUAAAUUACAAAAAAAUAUACAGAGCUUACAUCCGCCUAAUCGCACUAAAUAGCAAUAUAUUGUAAACAUAUAGUACGCCCCGUCGAGCAAAUCAAUCAGUUUUGUUUAGUUCAUAAGCGAAUGUUGAAUGGAAACCGAAAACCAAAAACUUCAAAGUGCACACAAAUAAAUGCUGUAUGACAGUA